GCUUUGAAGGCUUUGAAACGUUUUUAUGGAGCUAACAAAUUAUUCGGCUUGUAUGGAAAUGAAAUGGUAACGUUAAGUCUUCAUAUUGUGUUGGCUAAUACUGGUUAGCUAACGUUAGCUAGCUAGCGUAACUCUCCAAUCGAAAUCCGUUACUGGAUUAUCAGUUAUUUUAUAAAACAUAAACAUGCCAUUUUUAUUUUUAUUUGCUAAUAUUAGAUGACUAAAAUGAGCCACAGGCGAUGUACAGUAAAUGAUAGCGCCUGCUAAUAUUCGUUAGCUAGCUGGCUAACGCUAGCUUGUCAACGCUAGCUAGGCCAUGGCCCUGUCUUUAAGUAUGGGGAUUGCAGUAGGCUGCGAUGUUGAUACCAACUUUAGCCAACCAGCCGGCCAACCCAGUUAUUAAAACCCAAACCUGUGGAUAAUCACAAUGAGGGGUUGGAUGUUUAUCGUUAACAUUAAUUUUUUAUCAGCAUCAUUUUAGCUAUGUUGGCAAAUAGCGUUAUAAAAGCAGUCAGACGAGCUAAACAUCUUGAAUAUAACGUUAAUAGUUAAUUCAACAGACCGAAAUGAAUAUCACUUCUAUGUCGAAUUCUCCAGAAGAAAUUAGCCCAAUAAAUUAAAAUUUAGUAAUUGUAAUAUGAUAGUAAGCUGUAAUUGGAGAUAGUAGAUAAGAGCUCUAUUGAAUGAUGUGAAUUAACGUUUGCUAACAUUAAUCUUAUAAUGUCAUUAUGGUUUCUCAAUUUUUGGGCGCGGCAACGUGUCAGUCAAACGACAUAAUGUGUUAAACAUUUGAAUCAUUUAAAACGACAGCGAACGACCUCAAGAUGUCUUCUUCUUCAUUUGCAUUAACUCGCACAUUCAGCCCCCAGUAUGUCUACUUCUUGGCAACAUAGUGAUACGAUACUGCAAGCAGCAGGUUGCCAGAUUAGAUUCAUACCCUCUGUCAGUGGACUGACCAUCGUGUCUGCACAUCUUACAAAACAAAGAACAAUUUGCGGUGGUUCAAAAACCACUCUAGAGUAGUAGCUAAACCCCGUGUACUGUUCUUUGCAAGUUGCAUCCGCUAUGCACAGCACUAUAAUGGCCAGACUUUAAUGCCAUUUCUAUGUUUGUCUGUUAUGUCUUUGAAUUUUGGCCUGCUUGUGCCUUGUCAGUGUUUGGCAGGGUUCACAGGCUUGGGAGGAGCAUAUGUACAUGAAGUAUAUGGAAGUAGUUUGCUUAACAGGCUAGAUAACUGCAACUUAUAGUCAGUCAAACAUUUUUUUAAAUUCCCAUUUCCCAUUAUAGUUGUGCAUUUAUUAUCUUACUCCCCUGACUUUUUUUUAGUGCAAGUAAAGGCCACAACGAGUAUAUAUUUUUGUGUGUGACACUGUGUUUAAAUAGUUUCUCUUUGGUAUAUCUGCAGCUUUGUGCUGAAGUUUGGCUCCCAAGGUGUCAUGUCUGUCUCCUCAGUGCUAGUGAUGCAAGUCAAUACAAAUGAAUAGAAGCAGCAUCUUAAGGUCGUUUGGGCUACCUUAAGCCAAGAUUUAUUUUUAAAAAUUAAGGAUCUGUUGGUGGGGUGUAAUCUUGAGUAGGUAUUAUUCACAUUCAGUGGUUUGAUAUACACUUUCAUGCCUUAGAGGCCACUUGACAGAAAUGAUGUUUCUAGGAUCCAUUUAAGAAGGAACACAAUUCAUUUAUUGCAAAAGAAAUGGAAAGGUAAAAAUGAAAAGUAAUCAUAUCGCAUAUUAUUCUGUCUUUGUGAAUGUGUACGUGUAUAGGACAAUAUUGUUUGUUCUGUUUUCCUGAUGCAGACGGACUCAGGUGUCUGACAUCUUACCAACGUAUCAAGAUACAACCAGAGUGGAAAAAUUUGAUGAACGUGUGUUCAUUUGCUUACCUUUCAGUUUUGGCAGCAGUUUUCAAGACUAUCACAUCUUCCUUUGUUAAUGUUCGCAUCUAAGAUGCUUCAUACACUUCUAACUCAAUGUGGCUGCUAGGACAGUGAACAGUGAAUUUAGAACCACUGAAAGUGAAAUAUGUAUAGAACUAACAUUAAAGAUUUGUAUUAUGUGGUCUUAAACAUUCCCAUGCAUGUCAUAAGAUCGUAAUAACACAUUAAAAGUUGAAUGAGGGUGCCGUUUUAAUUGUAGUCAUAUAUUCUUCAUCCUUUUCUUUUUCAUAAAGGUUAAGAUUGGACGAAGAAAAUGCGGAAGAAGUCUCAUGUCCACUUUAUUUUCAAUAAUAUGAAGCUCAGAUGUGUGAAGCUGAAUUGUUGAAUGCAUGCUAAAACAUGAGGAGGGAAGAAGUGUGGGCAGUGUGUGAGAUGGGGGAAGUAAGAAGAAGUAAGACAAUUGAAGAAAGAAGAAUAAUAUGAAGUAAUGAAGUUACAGAAAUGAAGUUAAGGAAGUAAUCUGGAUAUGGUCACUGUGCUAAGUAAUUUUCUGGAGUCUCGCUCUGCAUCCAGGAGCGUGAGUCCACGGGGCUCAGGGAAGUCGGCAAGCCGCUCCCCGGCUCGCUCGCCUGCCCGUUCAAAAGAAGGCUCCCACUCUAAAUCUCGGUCACGGUCCAGGUCCAAAUCUGGGUCCCAUUCCCACCGUGGCUCACGCAGACACUAUAGCCGAUCUCGUUCCCGCUCAAGGUCCUAUCGUCGGCGAUCUCACAGUAGGUCCUACAGUGGAGAGCGGCGACGCAGGAGCCAUAGUCGCUCACCCAUGUCCAACCGCCGCAGGCACAUCGGCAACCGUGCUAAUCCAGAUCCAAACUGUUGCCUGGGAGUGUUUGGCCUGAGCUUGUACACCACAGAGAGGGAUCUGAGGGAAGUCUUCUCUAAAUACGGUCCCUUGGCAGAUGUCUGUAUUGUGUAUGACCAGCAGUCGAGGCGCUCCAGGGGCUUUUCUUUUGUUUACUUCGAGAACAAAGAUGAUGCUAAAGAGGCAAAGGAACGAGCCAAUGGCAUGGAACUGGAUGGUCGUAGGAUCAGGGUGGACUUCUCCAUCACAAAACGACCUCACACCCCAACCCCUGGAAUCUACAUGGGCCGGCCCACAUAUGGUGGAGGUGGUCCAAGCGGUCCUCGGCGCUCUUCACGUGACUACGACCGUGGAUAUGAUCGUGGAUACGACAGAAGUGGCUAUGAUCGCUAUGACGACAGGGACUACUACAGAUCAUACAGAAGGCGAUCUCCAUCACCAUACUACAGAGGGGCUUACAGGUCUCGGUCCAGAUCACGGUCUUAUUCUCCCCGUCGCUAUUGAACGUUGCUGUCAAGCCCCUCCUCUUCCCAAGCACAGACAGGAAAUGUUUCUGAGUGGUAUGACUGAUUUCAGAAUAGAUAUUCUUUCUUAAGGUGAUCAUCACACUUCUGUUUGCUAAUGUACAUAACCAGUAAAUGUAUACUGAGAUCAGUUGUGAAGCAGUGUCAUUUGACAUGACUCAAGCUGUCCCCUCAUGUUUUUAAUUUUAAAUGUAUAGGCAACAUCUGCCGUAAAUAAUAUAUUAAUGUUUUGAUGGGUUUUUUGUAUACAAAUUGAGGGAAAAAUCAUCUUUGAACAUAUUAAAAGGAAGAUUUUCA